CACCUCGGGGGAAACUAAUUGACUGGAUAAAAUGUAACGAAGGCGAACACGAUGCAAAAACUGCAGAGAAGGCAGGACAGGACUCAUACCUUCUCACACAGGCAUACAGACAGGGAUUGUGGAAUGAGGAAAAAUUCGGAAAGGAAACAGGAGAGAAAUCGUCUCUAAUAAACGAGGAGAAAUGUCCCCACAUCCUCGAGAGGGAUGAGAAAUCAGUGCUCGCGACACCAGCGAAACUCACAGAUGUUGAUCCACAGACUAAAUAUGGAAGUAACAUUAAAUCACACUCUUGGGUACGUGGACAGAGUCCAGGGACUAAUCGCACAAAAAUUAUGGAUAUCGAACAAAAAAUCAUUGAUAAAGGGAAACCCUCACAAUUCGAGAGAAGGGAUGGAGAGAUACAUAUGCAAACAAAAACAUGUGAGACUGACAACUUCACAGAUAGAGGGAGGAAAAAUGUUAAAGUAAAGUCGACAGGACAUGCUCCACUAAGGGCAGAGGCAAAAACUGAAGGGAAAUGGCAACACGAGCGACACAGCACUGGGCGCGCACACAAAAAAUGCACGCCACUUAAACACAAGCGACACAGCACAGACCAAAGUGACAGAUUGCCUGAUGAUAACUUGUUUGAUGAUGACGCUGUCGGCAAUCAACUUUCGGAAUACCUAUUCACCAGUAAAACCCUUAAGUUGAUGGACAAGGCUCUAGUCAGAAUUCCCGAUUUUGACCCCCACAAUAAGUCCAUGGAUAUACAUACACAUAUCGCGACAGUGGAAGAGGAGGCAAUGAUUAGAGGGCUGAUGAGACGGGAUGAAAAAGCGAGUUUGUUGAAACGAAGCUUACAUAAAGAUUCUAUCCCAUGGGUAAAGUCACUACCACACAAGGUUAGGAAUGAUUUUAAACAACUGAGCCUGACAGUGAUUCGGAAGUUUGGAGAAUAUUCGACACUCACUGAAGGGUUUUAUGCUGUAAAAUCGAUGACCCAGGGCAUGGACCAAGAUCCACGUGACUACCUCGUACAAUUUAAAAGAGCGUAUUACGCAGGCGAUGUGAAUCAAUACCACGAAGGAGAUAAAAUGUUCAAAAUUAUGUUUUUUGAAUCCUUGAGCCCAGAGAUUACAGAAAGGGUGAGAAUGGUUUUGAAUCCAGAAACCGCAUCCUUACACCGCAUAGAGAGCAAGGCGUACAUGGCAUGGUUAUACAGAGCUAAGAGUCAUAAUUCGGAUCCAGAACACAGGGAGAGGGAUAAGGAACCCAGCCUCUCAGAGAGAAAUAAAAAUCACCGAGCAGUCCCACGAUGCAGGGAGGAGCAGAAACGCACGCACACAUGGCAAAAUAAACCAGAGAGAGGUUGGUACGAGAAUGAGAGCGGCACAAAGCCGAACAUUCAGGAGAAUCACAGAAUGUGGAGGCCAAGGGCAGAAUCAUAUCAACACCCCAUGCCCCGACACACGCAAGGUCAAAAUUACCCACAGGGAUGGCGAAGUAACGAUCCAAAAAAAAUUUGGCACCCAAAUGGGGAAACACUGGGCCAAAAAUGUACGAGAAUCGCAGGAGGGAGAGGUUCAGAGCAGAACCAUAUCAACACCCCAUGCCCCGACAUGCGCAAGGUCAAGAUUACCCACAGGGAUGGCGAAGUAACAAUCCAGGAAAAAUUUGGCACCCAAAUGGGAAAAACACUGGGCCAAGGGUGUACGAGAAUCGUAGGAGGGAGAGGUUCAGAACAGAACCAUAUCAACACCCCAUGCCACGACACACGCAAGGUUCAAAUUACGCACAGAGAUGGCAAGAUAACCACCUAGCGGGAAGGUGUUACACAGACCGCGGAGGUAUGGAUGCGAAC